AUGGCAUCCGACCGGGACCAUCUCGCAACUGUCGACGUGCCGAACCCUGGCCGAUCUGCCAGCCCAUGGCGCCAUCAAGAAUCUUCGAGUUUCGCCCGGCAUGUCGCCCCCCGGGAUGCGCAUACCGCCAGCACAAACACGAAGGACCUCACCAACUUUCUCAACUCCACGAGAGUCGAAAGCGACGGGCCCGCGACCAAUGGCACCGGCAACUUCAAGCCCAUCGUGGUCGGCGGCGCACCUGCUUUCGCGGUCGAUGAUGGGAAAGAGGUUGUUUGCGGCCCUCUGCUAAACUACCGGCGCAUGGAGGGAAACGUCUGGCACGGCAGUGUCUUGAUCGUUACUAAGGGUGGAGGCAAAACGCAGCCUUUCCAGCCCGUAUUGAACCUUGGGCGCGUCGAGGUGAGCCAGGACGCAGAACAAGGGCUACAGGGAGAAGGUUUCCAUGCCAACGGCGCCGAAGUGAACCAGUCGAUGGGCCCUGACGCUGCCAUCAAGAGCGAUCACGGCAUCGGCAUAACCGGGACCUGUCUCUACUCGGACCCCAGGAAUACCUUUUGGGUCUUCCCGCUGACAUGCGACGUCCUCGCGGUCGAGACGAAGUGGGCGUACUCCAUCACCGAGGUUCGGUACCAGAGCGCUACCAAGCCCAAGAUAAACUACUUCUUCGUCCCUGCCAUAAACGAGUCGAUGCGGAUUAUGUUUCAUUCUUGCAACGGAUUUAGCGUUGGCACAGACGGGGUGGUAAAAUCCGUAGAGGCCGCCAGUCUCCACUCCUCGGGGACACGACCUGACCCUCCCCCCGAAAAACAGAACGAGAGAGUAGUAACUACUGACACCGAGAUCCGGACAGAGGAGGCUUGGAGUGGUCCAGCCCUGUGGAACGAUGUUGUGAGGCGUCACGGCCUGACACCUUUCCACGUAAUGCUUGGGGGAGGCGACCAGAUUUACAACGACGGCAUUCGGGUCGACGGUCCUCUGCGCCCAUGGACAGACAUCGGCAACCCCAAGAAGAGGCGCGACUAUGCCUUCGGCGAAACACUGCGACAAGAAUGCGAUGACUAUUAUCUGAAGAACUACAUACGGUGGUAUUCGACAGAGCCGUUCGCAACUGCCAACGGACAAAUACCCCAGCUGAACAUUUGGGACGAUCACGACAUUAUCGACGGCUUCGGCUCGUACGUCAACGAGUUCAUGAAAUGUGAUGUAUUCCGUGGUAUUGGCGGCACCGCCCACAAGUACUACCUCCUCUUCCAGCACCACCUGGCUCCUCCAGCAUCGACUUACACCAGUGACGCGCCUCAAACCAUGGAAGCGGGCCCUGGCGAGGAUAAGUACCAGCUCAGGGACACUUAUGUGGCGGAGCAAACUUUUGAGACCGAGCCCAGUUAUAUUAUGGGUAGCCGACCCGGUCCUUACGUUGCCGAGCGCUCGAUGAACAUGUUUGCCAGGUUGGGUGCCAGGAUCGCAUUCCUCGGCCUCGACGCACGUACUGAGCGGACUCGACACCAGGUCAACUACCCGGAGACAUACGAUUUGAUCUUCGAGCGGCUGCGACAUGAACUUGGCUCUGCGGCUGCGGCAGGAACUCCGUUCACCCACAUGAUCUUUCUCCUGGGCAUCCCUAUUGCCUAUCCGCGUCUCACAUGGCUCGAAAACGUCUUCUCGAGUCCUCUGAUCGCCCCCAUCAAGUUCUUGAAUCGGCGAUUUGGAUUUGGGGGUGGUGUUUUCAACCACUUUGAUGGAAGCGUGGAUCUGCUCGACGACCUGGACGACCAUUACACGGCUAGAACACACAAGAAAGAACGCAAUACUAUGGUCGAACGCUUGCAGCAGAUCUGCGCCGAGUUCUCCGUCCGCAUCACCAUCCUGGGAGGAGACGUGCACCUGGCGGCACUUGGGAGAUUCUACUCCAAUCCUAAUCUGCACAUCCCCGCGGCCGAAGAUCAUCGCUACAUGGUCAACGUUGUGUCCUCAGCCAUCGUGAACAAGCCACCUCCGGCGGCGAUUGCCAACUUGCUCGCAAAGAGAAACAAAAUCCAUCAUCUCAAUCAUGAUACGGAUGAGACGCUCAUGAACCUCUUCGACAAAGACCCCGGUGAUUCCAACAAGACAGUUGCUUCGAAUCACGUCACCAUGCCAAGCCGAAACUACGCCAUGAUUACAGAAAACUCGCCCAACAACCAUGCGGCGGGUGUCAAUGGUCCCCGAGGUGGGGACGGCGAAGUGGCCACGAACGAGUUCGACGGCAACGACGGACACUCAUUCCUCCAUAGUGGGGAGAAGAACGCGGGCACGAAGCACAAAGCCGCCAUACCUGCAACGCACGGCAAAGGUAAUGAUGGCUCAUUGGAUUGCUGCAUCAAUGUCGAGGUUGAUCAGCAUGACCGGGAGGGCAAGACGGAACCUUACGGGCUGAACAUCCCGGCGCUCUACUACGAGGCUGGCAAGUAUGGAAGCAAUGAGCACCACCACAUCCGCCUUCACGGCAGCAGGCCGGGAACCCAGCCUAGCACGAAUGCCUCAGCGUCAGAGGCGGGCCAGUAG